ACAUGAAUUGUACUUAUAAUUAUUUAAUACAAAAAUAAUAAAAAGUAAUUAUUUUUUAUGAUAGAAAUAUGUUCAUUAAAGAUUGUGUAAAUUGUUUUGUAACGUUUUUUUGGGGGCUGUGAGUUGGCGUGAAGGCGGCAAAUGGGCAAGUGAAUAGCAUAUCUCCAUAUUCCGAAAUUACCCCUAUUUAUAAGUAAGGCAGAAUAGCACUUAAGUUUUGGCGGGCUGGUGAAAAUAUUUGUAAUGAAAGGGUAGAGAAGUCAUUUUAGCAGAUCCUGGCGCUUAGGGUUUUCGGCAAUGCCUUUAUAAAGAGCACCAUUUUCUAUCCUGAUCACCCACUUCUUCUGUCGGUUCUCUUACAGCAGUCGGUUUAAUACUUUGAUCAUUUCUCUGUUUUUGCUUCCUCUGAUUCAGAUGGAUCUAACUGAUAAGGUGAUUGGAUCUGAGGCAACGGAGAUGACAACUCCAGAAGUGAUGAUUUCAUCUGAAAUGGAAGUAAAAGCUGCUGAAAUGAUGAUUUCACCUGAAAUCAAAGCGAAAGCUCCUGAAGUGAUUUCCUCUGAAAUCCAGAUGAAAACUCCUGAAGUGAUUUCAUCUGAAAUUCAGAUGAAAAAUUGUGUGAAUUGUGGUGCUAUGAAAACGCCUCUUUGGCGUAGUGGUCCUGCGGGUCCUAAGUCGCUGUGCAAUGCUUGUGGCAUCAGGAGCAGGAAGAAGAAGAGAGAUCUGCUCGGGUUGAACAAGGAUGAGAAAAAGACGAAGAAAUCGUCUGCUAAUUCUGCUAGCAGCAGCAAUGUGGACAAGAAGAAGAAGAAGAAAAUAUGUGCAGUGAAGAAUGCUGAUGCAAUUCCAAUUCACUGGACUGAUCUUGAUGAUGUUGAACAAGCUGCUUUCUUGUUGAUGUGUCUGUCUUGUAGCUCUGUUUGUGCUUGAUCAGGGCCAUUGGUUGGUUGGUGGGUGAGGGAGUGAGUGAUCAGUGGUGGGUAGUAGAAUCAUAAAACAGCAAUAGAUAAAUAGUUGAGCAAUUAUUUCUCCUAGGACUUGAAAAGGAUACUUUUAUCCUUUUUAGAUUUUUAUUUAAUUUAUUAGUUUAAUCAAAUUCCUUGUUAUGCUUAAAAGAUUCAUCAAAUAUAUGGAAAAUUUACUUCUUUAUCAAA